GUGAAUCUCCUCUUCUGAUGUGUUAAUGCAGAUCUGCGUAGCCUACUGCAGAGGUGAACUGGGUUUGAAAGAGAAAAGCUGAAAAGAGAUCCAAAGCCAGUACCUGACACCCUUGUUAUCAUCAGUUGUGUUAUUUAUAUACGAAGGAGAAUGCUGCAUCCAACCAUCGGACGGGGAAGUGUGUGCAGACUGCUAGCCUCUCUGCUGUAUGGACUGGAGUCGCACAUGGACGAGAGCGAGGACAGCAACUUCCUGCAGGACACACUUAUGGGGAACACGCUCCAUUUGCUCAUCAGGGUCUAUGAGAGACUGCUGCGCUUUGGAGCGCAUAGACCCAAACCCAUCCAGGACAGUGCAGAGUGCCUGGCAGGCGAGUUGGCGGUAGAGCUAAAGGAAUCCUAUGCCAGUCCAGAGGCAGCUGAACUGUGCUACUUGCUAUCCAAUCCCCAUCUUAAGAGUCUGCUGUCUGUUCACGACUCUGUGGCACGGAAAGACUACGACCCUGAGCUGCCGCCUCUGCCCGACAACAUUUGUGACGAAGAGGAAGACUCUGUGAAGAUUGUACAGCUCGUCAAAAAAGAAGAGCCCCUUGGUGCCACUAUACGGAGGGAUGAAGUCACAGGCGCUAUCGUUGUGGCCCGCAUUAUGAAGGGAGGAGCAGCGGAUCGAAGUGGAUUAAUUCAUGAGGGGGAUGAGCUCAGGGAAGUCAAUGGCAUCCCGAUGGAGGACAAGGACCUGGAAGACAUUAUUCCCAUACUGGCUCAGGCGGAUGGGGCCGUAACCUUUAAAGUGAUACCAGGCACCAAAGAAGAGCCAACAGUCAGCAGCACCAAGACUUUUGUCCGAGCUCUCUUCGACUAUGAUCCGGAGGACGACCCGGCGAUACCGUGCAAACAGGCAGGCCUGGCAUUCAAGAGGGGCAACGUCCUGCAGAUCGUGUGUGAGGACGACGAGGUGUGGUGGCAAGCCAGGCACCACGACACUGACUCCCAAGCAGGUUUGAUCCCGUCCAGGGAGCUACAGGAGAGGAGAGUCACCCUGCAGAAGCCUGAAGCACUCUUCCAUCCACCGAAGAGCUUGGGACAUGGGCCAGAAGAGAGGAGGGAGGAUGUUGACUACGGAGCAAUAACUGGAAUCCACAUAGCCGGCCUAAGGAAGAGCUUCCGGCUGAGCAGGCGGAACAGCGACAGCAGACAGUUGAGAUGGAGGAGGUUCAAGAGACAUCGCCAUGGCCUGAUUCCCACCUAUCUGGAGGUGGUCCCCUACCAGAGGGGUCCGGGAGACCCUCGCCGCAUGGUGCUGAUGUUCGGGCCUAGUGGAGUGGGCCUGAGUGAGCUGAAGAGGAAGCUCCUGCUGUCUGACCCUGAGCUCUACAGCGUCACCGUACCACACACCAGUCGCGAGCCGAGAAAGCAGGAGAAAGAAGGGGUGGAGUACCAUUUUGUCUCAAGACACACAUUUGAAAAAGACAUCCUCAACCACAAGUUUAUUGAGUAUGGUGAGCAUGGAGGAAACUAUUACGGAACAAGUCUGGAGUCGGUGCAGAGGGUGUUAGCGGAGGGCAAGGUGUGCCUGCUGGACGUGGAGCCCCAAACGGUGGAGAAACUGUACACCAGGGAAUUCAAACCGUGUGUGGUAUUGGUGAAGCCACCUCCAAUAGAAAGACUGCGACUGAGCCGAAGGAAAACCAAAGUCAUCUCCAGCCGAGAUGAGAGGACGCAGACCAAAACCCUCACGGAGGAGGACUUUGAAGACAUGAUCGCCUCUGCCCACACAAUGGAGAACCAGUACGGACACUUGGUGGAGGUAGUGAUCGUCAACGACGACUUGGGUCUGGCAUUCACCGAGCUGAGGGACGCACUGGCCAGGAUGGAGAAGGAGAGCCAGUGGAUCCCCGCCGCGUGGGGACUGGACUAAAGGAGUGAAGACUUAAUAUGCACUCCAAUCACAUGUGAAUAGAAACUGCGCUAACUUAGCAGGUGUUUUAACAACAACAAUGAGAACACAGUUGAUGACAGAAGUGAACGUUCUAAAAAGGAAUCUCGAGCGUGUUCAAUCGAAGGACAUUCGGCAGUUUCACAGAAUUCUUGGUCUGG